AUGUUUAGCUUAGUUCAUUCAAAUUUUAACCGCACUUACAAUCCAAGUGGUAGGCAAAAUGCUUUGUGUGAUAUAAAAAGAUUAUUGACGUCACGAGAUUCCGCCGCACAAGCAAAAGCCUGCGGGUAUUUGAUUGAAGUCAUUAGCAAAUAUGACAAAAUCUCAAAUGAAAGAUCUCGUUUGAUAGAAUAUUUGCUUGAAAACGACAUUACGGUUUUCUUAUGUGAAGUUACAACAAACUUGGAUUUUAAUUUGUUAAGAUUCGUGUUGCAAUGUUUGAGGCUAAUAUGGACAGAGCAACAAUUUUUUUCAGAAGAACACGCGCCACAUGCCAUGGCGGCAGUUUUACGUGCAUUAGCACAUUUUAGUGCUAUUAAUCCUAACGCCUCAGAUGCUUGUUUGCAUUUCCUAUGUGAUUUAUUUAGCGGGAUAGCAAAACACAAAACCACCUCCCCACUUUCUCACCAAAGCGCUUAUAACACAGAACAGCUUUUAGCUUCCUUUAACAUUCUAUCAACCCGUGUUAAUAUGAGCGCGAAUUCUAAAAGUGUUUUGUGCAGCGCUUUAGUGAUACAAGAGUUAAUUUCUUACCAACCAGAUGAUUUAGUGGUACAGAGUAGUGUAGCGAAAGAUCUCGUAGAUAUUAUUAAGAAAUGGUUAGAACUAUUGACGUCGGCUUUGAAUCAUCAGGCAUUACUAGGAGCUGGCGACGUAGGAGAGUUUUUGAUAGUUACAUGUCAAAUAGCUUUGAAUGCUUUGGGUUUGUAUCUUUUCGAAUUUGGUUACCAGGAUAACAUAAAUAAUAUAGCGACAGAAGAAUAUAGUACUUUCUUAAAAUUAUUGUUAAGUUUCUAUUACGAGGCGGACUCGGCAGCGCUCUCAGAUUUCAGUGACGUAUUGCUAUCUAAAGGGUACUUGGCUGCAUUGCCUAAAGUUCAAAUAGAGCGUAACGAUGCAGUAGUGCGUAAGCUGAGUACACUAAUACUUGGGGAGAUUCUAAAAGUUCUCACUGAAAAGUACCUGUUUAUUAAUUUGGUUGGUUCAAACGAUCUGUGCGCUAAAGAUAUUGAAUUGGGUCUUGUGGAACUUCAAAACGGAAUAGAAAAGCCGCAAAGUAUUGGCGUUCAAUUGCAAAAGAAUCAACCCUACGGUUUACUAAUUUACAUCUAUUUUUACAGCCAGUCUUCAGAGAAUCCAGAAGAAUCUACGGCACCUUUGUUGCCUUACUUAGUGGAAUAUGUUUUGCGUCUACCGAAUUCUUUUGUACCACCCUCGUAUAUUAUAAAAGCACUUUGGCUUGUAUUUGCUAUGUCCACAAUUUCAAAUGGCACAGUAGAUUCCUUGAACGAAAGAGUUUAUUUGGAAAAGGCCACAGACCGUCUCGUGGGUUUCCUACAACCAGACCCGGCCAUAUACUAUACUCAUCAUCCAGCUAUUUUAUUCUGGGCAUUUACUUCUUUGCGAAUACCAAAUUAUAUAAGAAUGAUUGUCCUUUCACAGUGGUUAAAAUCAGAGACGAAUCUACCAGAAGGCCUGGUAAAGGAACCAUUGGUUUGGGAACUUCUCUUAGAUGUUCUUACCAAAAUAAGAGAUAACGAUAUAAUAUCAAACUGUGUGAAAUCUCUUAACUCAUGUUUGGAAGAAGGGGAUGGUGAUUUGAAGGAAGAAUUUGGGGUUCUGAUUUGGUCCAUGUUGCCGGGAGUGUUGUCUAAGGCUUUGAUAGACUGCGAACAAGAAAUAGACACAAACAUUUGCUAUUUCCUCGACUUAGCGACUAAUCUCUUGCCGUCGGAAUUAGAUCAAGCGGUGUGUUUGAAAAUAUCUGUUCUGUUAACUACGAUCUAUUCAAAGAACAUUCCAGAAAAUUCUAGUGAAUUGGAAAUAAAAUUUCACUAUGACUACGUGUGUUUAAAACUAUGUCUCUUACUGUUACAAUUUGCAAGUGACCAAAAGGAUUCUAAAGUUUUAUUAACAUACACGAAUAAACCGGGUUUCUUGUCAAAAGUUUUAACAAAUAUUAACAGUUCAGAUGAGAACGUAGCCUGUACCGCACUGCGACUGCUCUCGUAUAUUGUGCAUUACUUCCAUAAAAAUAAUUAUCAAGCAAAAUCCCAUUUGCAAGUGAAAACUGAUAUAUUAGUAAGGUCACUCAGACAAGAUAGCUCUAGUGAUAGGGGUAGUUCCUUAUUACAACUUGUCUAUACCGUGUUGAGCUCUGGAGUGAAUACACCGCUGGUUUUGACUUAUUCUAUUGAGGAAACGCCUUCACAAAACCAGCAAUGUAAUGCGUUGAGAGCCUUGAUGUUUAGGAUACAAGUUAUACUUUGUUAUAGGGACUCUGAACAUCGGUCCUCAGCUGGGUGGAAAACUUUAAGCUCAGUUUUUAAACACGCCAUAGUAUACAAAAACGAUCCCAAAUUAGUAGGUCUUCUGACUUGCCAGCCCUGGAUAUACACCCUUAUUCGGUUCCAAUUAGCGCAAGAUGUGUCUAUAGAUUUUCUAACAUUCCUUAAAAAUUGGCUAAUUCUACUCAAAAUUGCUAUAAAGAAGCAUAGACAAGAACGAAAGAUACUUAUAUCCAAGUACAGUUUGAUCACUCGAACUAUGGUGUUAGUCAAGAAAUCUUUGUGUGAAGACGAUAAUAAGGAAACCAAAGAUAUAGUUUUAAAUACCGUUGGAGAGAUUUUAGAGGAAUGUACCAGUAGAAAAUGA